CACUUUGGCAACAUGAUCUUGAUGCCCAAAAAAGGAAGAAGAAUAAGAAAAUCACACUGGAGGAUUGUGACACCUAACCCUAUUUGGACCCGAUUUCAAAUUUACAGAUUUAUCCUUAACUUUCACUUUCUCUGUGGCUCUGUUGGAGCCUGAAAAACCCUGAUCAAAAAUCCAUACCAAAAUGUAUUAACCUGCCAGAAAUUAUGUCUGUUAUUUGCCAAGUACACAAUUUGCGGUUAUGUAGGAGCAGCCUGAAAAUCGCCCUAAAUGGCUUGAAUCAGGUGAAUUUCGCCACACCUUCAUACUUUUACGUAAAUCAAACCAAGCAGAAUGCAGCCUUGGAAGUCCUUGACGCUCAGUCGAGGCCCCACAAGCCGAAAAUAGAGCCGGCAUGGAAGCCAACGCCGUCCACGGACAGUUCCAAUUUGCUUCAGAAUUACCUCAAACUGUCCAAAGUCAGGCUAACAACAUUGGUGGUAGUUACAACCAUGGCAGGCUAUGCUGUGGCUCCUGCGCCCUUCGAAUGGACAGCAUUUGCCCUAAGCAUUGCAGGCACGGGACUUUUGUCCGGAGCCGCCAAUGCAAUAAACCAAUUCCAUGAGGUUCCCUUCGACGCCCAAAUGUCCAGGACGAAGCAUCGAGUGCUAGUAUGUGGACGAUUAACCCCUUUGCAUUCGAUGGCCUUUGCCUGUGCAGCCAGCCUUAGUGGCUUAGGAAUCUUGUAUUAUGGAGUAAAUGGCCUCACUGCCACUUUAGGACUCACUAAUUUGCUUCUAUAUACAUCCGUAUAUACGCCAUUGAAGCGAAUUAGUAUUCUGAACACUUGGGUAGGCUCGAUAGUUGGGGCUAUUCCACCCUUGAUGGGCUGGGCGGCGUGCGCCAACUCCUUAGGAGCCGGUGCUUUUCUAAUGGCCGCCCUUUUAUACAGCUGGCAGUUUCCACAUUUUAAUGCCCUGUCCUGGAACUUGCGCCCGGAUUAUUCCAGAGCGGGAUACCGGAUGAUGGCUGUGACCCAUCCCGCGUUGUGCAGAAAAGUGGCCUUGCGACAUACUGUAGCUAUCCAGCUUUUAAGCACGAUAGCCCCUCUUUUGGACACCACGAAUUGGUGGUUUUUGCUGGAAUGCACCCCGUUGAAUGUGUAUUUUAUUUAUUUAGCUUAUCAGUUUUACAAAGACUCAUCGAGCGCAACUUCGCGCAAACUGUUCAGGUACUCGUUGAUCCAUUUGCCCCUUUUGAUGGUGCUGUUUCUGGUUAAUAAAAAAAAGUGGUUUGUGUUUAAGGAAACCAGUGAACAGACCGAUAAUGUUGAUGAAGUACAAAGUAUAAUAAAAUAGCAAUAAAAAACUUGA